CCCCCGCCUCCCUCCCCCUCCUCCGCCCCUUCUUCCUUCUCCUAGGACUGGACCAGAGAAGCCGCUGUGGCCACUGGGGGGUGCCCUGCCGCCCCAGCUCUCACCAGCAGCCCCCAGGAGUCCACAGGGCAGCCCGGGUCCUCACCAGGCCUGGCAGGACCAGGAUGCUGCCCCCUCUCCUCCCUCCCGGCGCCACCCAACGCCCCUACCCACCCAAACACCCAGUCUGACAGGAGACAGCCGGAUGCCGUCUGACCUUGGGCCCGAGGGGGGCAGUGGCUGGCCGGGCCUCCUCAUGUCCUGCCUGAAGGGCCCUCAUGUCAUCCUCAAGAUGGAGGCCAUGAAGAUUGUCCACCCUGAGAAGUUCCCCGAGCUGCAGGCGGCCGCCCCCUGCUUCCCACCUGCACCCCGGCCCACCCCUGCUCUGGCACCCAAGCGCGCCUGGCCCUCAGACACGGAGAUCAUCGUCAACCAGGCAUGUGGGGGGGACAUGCCUGCCCUGGAAGGGACGCCCCGCACCCCACCUCUGCCACGUCGGCCCCGCAAGGGCAGUGCAGAGCUGGGCUUCCCCCGAGUGGCACCGGCGGAUGAGGUCAUCGUGAAUCAGUACGUUAUCAGGCCUGGCCCUGGCACCUCGGGGGCCUCCGCCGUGGCAGCACCGGCUGCAGGGGAGCCCCUGGAGUGCCCCACCUGCGGGCACACGUACAACGUCACGCAGCGGCGGCCCCGGGUGCUGUCCUGCCUGCACUCUGUGUGUGAGCAGUGCCUGCAGAUCCUCUAUGAGUCCUGCCCCAAAUACAAGUUCAUCUCCUGCCCCACCUGCCGCCGCGAGACUGUGCUCUUCACUGACUACGGCCUGGCCGCACUGGCCGUCAACACGUCCAUCCUGAGCCGCCUGCCCCCCGAGGCGCUGACUGCCCCGGCCGGUGGCCAGUGGGGGGGCGAGCCCGAGGGCAGCUGCUACCAGACCUUCCGGCAGUACUGUGGGGCCGCCUGCACCUGCCACGUGCGGAACCCGCUGUCUGCCUGCUCCAUCAUGUAGCACCUGCCCGCCCGCCACUGCCCGCCAUUCUCACUCGCCGCUUGGUCAGGGAUCUGGCCCUGCCCUGUCACUCGCUGACCCUCGCUCAUCACAGCUUCUGGCCCCUACCCAUGUGGCAUUGUCGCUGCAGCCAACUUUGCCAUUAAAACUCUUUGCCAAAGUUUG